AUGUCAACGCUUGAGGAUUACUUUUCCAUCAAGACAUUUCUCAUAGUGUUUAGGGAGUCCCUAGAGACGGCUAUUAUUAUAUCUGUUUUGUUAUCGUUUUUGCAUCAAACUUUCAAAUCAACUGAAGAAGGCGCAAAUGAGGUACCAGCUGAUACUUCAAAUCACUUGUAUGAAGCAAUAACCAACGAGCCAGUUAGUUCUUCAAAUGAAAUCAAAAAGGAUGAUGAGCUUUACAGGAAUUUGCAGAUGCAAAUUUGGAUAGGAGGACUGUUGGGACUUUUAGUUUGCAUGUUGGUAGGAUGUGUGAUACUUGGUAUAUUUUACAUUGUAGGAAAAGACUUGUGGACUAUUGCUGAACAUUAUUGGGAAGGGACUUUUUCCAUUUUGGCAAGUAUAAUUAUAUCUGUAAUGGGAAUAAAAAUCUUACGAGUCAGCAAAAUGCAAAAGAAAUGGAAGUUCAAAUUGGGACAAGCACUAAAACAGUCAAAGCAUUUUGGUGGUACUCAAGAUCAGCUGAAUCACGGGGAACUGACGACAUCCUGGAUGGAUAAAAUAAAAGCAUUGCUCGAGAAGUAUAAUAUGUUGAUUUUACCAUUCGUAACCACUCUAAGAGAAGGACUUGAGGCUAUUGUAUUUAUUGGUGGGAUUGGAAUUAAUGAAGAAACCUCAAUGUGGGCAAUUGCAAACUCUGCGAUUCUGGCAAUAAUAAUGGGCUUUCUUGUUGGUUUUGUUUUGUACCGCUCUGGAAAUACGUUAUCAUUGCAAUGGUUCUUGGUCAUAUCCACUUGCUUUUUGUAUUUGGUUGCUGCUGGACUAUUCUCCAAGGGAGUAUGGAAUUUCGAACUACAGCAGUUUAUCAACCAAUGUGGAGGAUUAGAUGUUAGUGAGACUGGGCACGGACCAGGUUCAUAUGAUAUUGCCAAAAGCGUGUGGCAUGUAAACUGCUGCAAUGGAGAGCUUCAAGAAGAUGGCGCACUUUGGAUGAUAUUGGCCGCCGUCUUUGGCUGGACCAAUUCUGCAACGUAUGGAAGUGUCAUUGGCUACAAUGUAUACUGGAUAAUUGUAAUCAUCACUUAUACCUCAUUAUUAUUUGAGGAGAAAAACGGAUAUUUACCAAUUGUGCCCAUAUCGUGGCAAUUGCAACGUAUCACUAAACGACUGAAUUUGUAUAAGCCUUUGGACAGAAGCGAAGUGGUUGAGGGAAAUGAUGAACUUCAACGCCAAAGUUUAGAGUCUGUCGAUUCGGGCACUCCAUUACAACGGUCGUUUUAA